CUUUAUUCUAUACUAUCGAUUGCGUUUUUAUUUGUCAUGUCCUACUACACUGGUGGUGUCCCGUUUAUGGGUGGAGCAGAAGUUAGACCAAUGCAGCAAGGUGUCCUGCCGCAGAGACCUCCGCCAGCACGACCACCCAUGCCGUCUACGCAGCCAACCGCCAUACCGUUCACUGAUUUCCAGUUAAAAAGCAGCGCUGAUCACGGCCGUCAUCAUGUCAUGGACUUUAGAACAUCGAAAAAGAUCGAUCUGAAAACCUUUAGUCGUCCCGUGCGUUUGCAACGAAAAGAUGCAAACUACGUCCCUUUGCGUGAACGUGGUACGGAAACCGAUACCGUGGAAAGUCCUUCUGAAGUUAGAGGGCCAAAAACAAGCGCAGAUACUUCACUCAUUGCUCCCAUGGGCGGGGCGACGCGGAAUAAAAAUAUGCUGUUCAAGAAACGCACUCGCCAGAUUUUUCUCGCCAAGGACGAUGUGAGAGAACUGAAGGAACAGGAACAAAAACCAUGGAUUCUGGAAGAUUACGACGGACAAAAUUGUUUCAUGGGAACGCUGGAGGGAGCUCAACGGUCCGAUUACGUUUUAUUCGUAUUGACAGACAAUGAUUUCAAAGUGGUCCCUGUAGAUCGAUGGUAUAAAUUCCAGCAAAAGCGGAAUUUCAAAACGUUGACGUUGGAAGAAGCCGAAAAACAGCUUAAUACUCACCAAAAACGGGUGGGACAAAGAUGGAUGAUGUUGAAAAGAGAAAAGGAGGCAGAAGACGAAAAGGAAGAAAAAAACACUGGCAAAAAGUCGACAAGGUUCAAAAUUGUGGACGACGACGAAAAAUUUGAAACGGACGAAGAUGAUACCAGUCAUCGAAGAAGGAGUCAGCACGAUUCCGAUUUGGAUGACCUCGACUAUGACGACGACUUUCAAGAUGAUGAAGAAGGCGGUGCUGAGCAUGAAAUUGAAGACGAAGAAAUAAAAGAUAGCAAGGCGCGGAUCAAGCGAGAAACCAAAGAUUAUAUGUCUGACGAACAAGAAGACGACGAUGUUCAAUUGAGGGUGACAGGUGGUAGUAAAUUAUCCUCAGAGGGAAAGCAAAUGCGACGGCUGGUGCGCGAUCUGGAGAAAAAUCGAGCUUACGAAAGCGAUGAAGAGGAAGGCGAUCCUUAUGCUUCAAGCGCAGAAGAUAUCGGGACAGAUUUUGACGACGAAGAUCAAGAGCAGCAGGAUAUAGAUAAAUUAGCAGAAUCACCCACGAAGCGAAAAACACCGACGACCCCUCCCAAAAGCAAUGUGAUUGCAAGAAUGAGAAAAGAAGCCAAAUCCAAACCUAUCGGAAGGCCAGGAUCCCCGUCUUUGCAACUAAAAAGGGAAAGCUCCCCACCCCACUCACGCAGCAAUCUACGCGCAGAAACUGGGUUGCUUACCAAAGAGCGCCGUUCCGAUGAGCCGAGCAGUCCUGAGAAACGCAAUCGCCCUGCUAGUUCUCCUGGAUCACCAGAAAGCGGCGAACAGGAUCCUAUUACAGAAGCAGAGGUCAUCAAUGCGUUACGUGGCCGAUCCAUGACCACCAAAGAAUUUCUCAUAGGAUUUAAAAGGCGUAUCAAGAGGAAUGACCGUAACCGUGAGAUAAUUAUGAAGAUCCUCAAGAAAGUGGCUCGACAUAACGCUUCUCACGAUCCUAAAACUCGCACCCUCGAAUUGAAAUCCGAAUAUCAAUAAACAUUUUGCUGUUACUGGAAACAAAUCGAUUUUUUUGUUCUUCAUCAAAGCGACCGGAUCAAAGCAGACCGGUAGCGCAACAAGCGUUGAAAAAGAUGACCAUGCUGAUGUAUUGACUGAGAAUAGCGUGUCACAACAGAUAAUUACGAUACUUUGUUAUCAAAG